CAGACGGGCUAUGUCAUCGCAUCAACUCGGUGACAAGCCGUUUGCUACAUGGUCCGCGGACCCGAGGGUUCUUGUCACAUAGUUCACUCAGGUUCCGGGGAUUCGGAUUGCCCGGCGACAAACAUGUCUUGCCGGAGGUGAGACCAUAUUAGCGAGUUGACUGUGUUUUCAGUCAUCACACAUAUAGACUCGGAGUAUAGGGGCAACUCUGACCUGAGUCUCAUGUAGCGGCCUGACUACACCUCCUCAACCACAUCAGUCAACAGCUUAGUUCCACCACGAGAUCUCUACAGUCACCGCCAACAUGUCAUUGGCCAAGCCAUUCACCCUCCGCCCCGCGAUCCCGGCAGACAUCCCGGCGUGCGCCUCAACUGCAGCCGCCGCGUUCGCCGACAGCCCGCUGAUUCGAGUCAUCGGGCCGAGCUCAGAGGAACAUACUCUGGCGUUUUGGACUGCCGUGGCGGCCUCGGCGUUUGACGACCCCAACGCACAUCUCAUUGUUGCUGAGGACACGUCCACCAGCCCAGCCAGCCUGCUCGGGUUUGCAAAGUGGGUGUACGUCCCCGCGGGCUCGCCGCCGCCAAACAUUCUCGAUGCAGGUGUGGCCUUCGCCAGUCAGGCUACCGACGGCGGGGAGGGCGGUAGAAUCUGGGCUCAGACGGCGGAUCCGGCGCUUGCGGAGCGCUUCUUUCGCGAGCAGAACGAGAGGCAUGUCAAGUACAUGGGCCAGAGGGAGCAUUGGUAUCUGGAAGUGAUUUGCACGCGGCCCGAAGGCAAAGGGAAAGGGGUGGGAAGCGGCUUGUUGACCUGGGGCGUGGACAGGGCUGAUGCGAACGGGUGCGAGGCCUACCUCGAGGCGUCGCCUGAGGGCAGGCCGCUGUUUGAAAAGUUUGGUUGGAGGGUUUUGGAGCGGUUGGAGUACCUUGACGGUGGGUAUGUUGAGUGCUCCAUGGUCAGGGAUGCGGCGCUUGGUCGGGGCUGUUGAGGGUGGUACGGUGUGCAUUGGCAGGGUGAUGUUGGCGGCAUUGAUCUCAGUUGUUCUGGGGUAUGUAAGGUAGGUAAUGUCCAACCGAAAUGGAAGGUACGUUCGACUGGAACUGGGUGGUUCUUGCUUCCAGGGCGUCUCGAGGUGAAUCGGCUGUGCGCUAAAUGAAUUGAACCUUGCCUCGU